GUUCCCGCGGCGCCGGCUCCGCGGCCUCUGCCGUCCUGGGCGCCGCCGGCGGGGGAGCGGUGGACUCAGAACUUUUCCAGGUGCGGUUUGGGAAGGCAGAAGCGCCUGUCGUUGUCGUCUGGCCAGCCCGCGGGCACUGCGGCCACCAUGCCGAAGAGAAAGGCGAAAGGAGACGCGAAAGGGGACAAGGCGAAGGCGAAGGACGAGCCGCAGAGGAGGUCCGCCCGGCUGUCCGCUAAGCCUGCUGCUCCUAAGCCAGAGCCCAAGCCCAAGAAGGCCCCCGCCAAGGGGGAGAAGCAGCGCCGGGGGAGGAAGGGGAAGGCGGCGGGCAAGGGCGCGCACGGCCCGGCCCCGAGCCCCGAGGGCGCGGCGGCGCGGCCCCAGCGGGCGGAGGGCGCGGGGGACGCCCAGUGAGGGCCGCCGCGCCCCGCCGCGCCCUGCAGUGACUCAGCAGCUAGGAAGCACUAUUUUUAAUCAAGUUUUACAAAAAUGUAGAGCUUUGAUGUUUUUUAAGUUGUUAGCACACAGCGCCCUCCGCUGUCUUCUGUGGGAAGGGGAAGUACCACCUGGCAGCGCGUCCGAGGAGGAGCGGGUCGGCGCGGCCUGAGUCGUUCUUGGGCCCGCGGAAGGCCGCGUCUCCCGCCGGAGCUGCUGGGCGGGCGCAGAGCCGCAUGGCGCGGAACGGCGCGGGCCUCCUCCCUGUUGCCCUGCGCACGGACCAGACCGCGUCCACCGGGAGCCGCGGGAGGCCUGGCGCCCUGGGAUCACCGCCCGCCCGCCGGGCUCGGGCUCUGCGGGGUGGCCUCGGGAUGGCACCCGCACUCUGCCGGCCGGCCGUCCUGCUGAGAACCCGGCAGGUCUUGCUCGCCUCGCUCGGUCAGGCAGAGUUGGCCUCUGAGAAGCGCCGCGCGCCUCCCGUGACCCGUCCUGUGACCGUCCUGUGACCCUGUGCGCGCUUCUGUCCGGAGCUGCAGCAGGAGGCUUUGCUGACUUUCACAGUGACUUUGGGGAGGCGCGUUUGGAAGUUGUAAGAUGUGGUAGACCGCUGCCUACGUGGUACUGGAAGGAACUGUUUGUGAAAAAUACCUUUUAAAGCUGGAUACAAGUUGGGUUGAAGGGGAGAUCAUCCCCUAGCCGAAGCCCCAAGAUAUUCUUUACUGCCCUGAACUGAUUUUGUGAAAAAGCAUAAGGUAGAUAGUCAAUUUAAUAUUAUUUUCCUGUCUGGAUAAGUAGUAGUCCCAGUGCCAUUUAUGGAAAAAUGUCUUUCUCCCAUUGAUCCCUAACACUGGCUCUUUCCUAAAUCCAGUUUCUGUGCAGCUGUGGGUCUAUUGGUGUCUUCUAUCAAUUUGUCUAACCUUGUGGCAGUACAAUACAAUCCUAAUUACUACAACUUCAGAAAAUGGUCUUAAUAAAACCAAGAUGCCUCUACA